CAGCUGCGAUUGUUGACUAUGAGGAUGUUCGUGGCUGAAAAAUAACGGCUUAUCUUCUUUCAAAUCCCACUUUUAAUGUCACUAUAGUAAAUAUGGCCGGUAUAAACAGAACGAAUGGAAUGUCAUUCGUCGAUUCAGCAGUCAGCUCCUCACGCCUUCGGCAAGUCCAGGCUCUGCUGAGAGACAGAGGGAGCACUGUUCCAGAUGGCAUCCUCUGCUCACUGGGCAUUGACAGCCGCUAUAACGAAGGCUGCAGUGAGCUGGCCAGCUACCUCUUCUUUGGGUUAUAUAAACAUAACCAGGAACAGAUCCUUGAGGAUUUCCCUGAAGAGGUGCUGGAUGAUGUGAUCAUUGUGAUAAAGGCAGAGAAUGUGCACCUGUACUGCAACCCAGUCAAUUAUCGCUUCCUGCUGCCCUACGUUUCUCACUGGAGGAACCUGCACCUGCACUGCAUGACUGAGGCAGAGUAUGAGGAUGAGGAAGCAGCAGAAGAGUUUAAAAUCUCUAGCUUCGUGUCGAUGGUUGAGGACUGCAGCUGUAUUGGAAUCCCCUACAGCUCUCGCAGCCAUGUGCAGAAGUUUGAUGUGUUCAUGCUGGAGAAGUGGCCCAUUAUUCAAGCAUUUGCUCUAGAAGGAAUUGGAGCUGGAGGAUUUUUCACCAUGAAAUACAAGCUGACUGAUGUGAGCGAGCUGCUUUGGCAGACGUAUUCUAGACUGGACCCGGUGUCUUUGGACUAUCUGCUCAAUGAGGACCUGCCUUUGUUUGAGAGGCAGUGGAGCUGCUUGUUCUCCAGUAUGGGCAUAGAGAGUGCACUGUCCAUGCAGGAGCUAUCAGAGGCUCAGACUGCUGAGCCAUUCAGAACGUAUUACUCGCAUGGCCUGAUAUCCAGUAAUAUUACAGAUAGCAGUAAAAGCCGACAGCCAUUUGUGUUGUUUGGGAGUCACUCCUCUAAAGAGGAUCUUGACAACUACUGCUUCACCUUCCCCUCUGAAGCCCACCAGGUCCGCAGCACAGGGGCUCGGGGCGGCCCUGCCAAACACAUGCUGCUUCAGUGUGUGGCUCCCAAAGGCCCACUGGCUUGUGCAAGGACAUAUUUCUUUGGCAGCACUCAUGUGCCAUACUUGGAGCAUGAUAACACACAGCAGACGAAGACUGAACUCCUGCUGCUCUCUCAGAUCUACUCAGCUGCAGUUCAGUCUGUGCUGGCAGGAAUAAAAUGCUUCUCCAUCAACUCCAGCACUAGCAAGGCGAGAGAUGUAGCAGAGCAAACGUUUCAGCUGACCUUGGACAGAUUUGGUUUGCAUCAGUACAGGAGUGCUCUCAGGUCCAAAGCAGUAUUCAGUAUCCAGGCUGUAAAUGAUGAGGGCAGAAUUAUACCCCUCACUGAUGAGCAAAGUCGCUUUCUGGUGAAAACUGCCUCUAUGGUGGUGUAUGAUAUUCCAGAUCUUCAGUGGGGGGGAGGGGACCUGGGAUCUGUAGUUUUCUCAGAGUCCUUUCUUGAGUCUAGCAUCUACGUUCAGGAGAGGGAUGGAGUUCUGUCCACAGACAGCUCUUUCACUGUGCUUACUUCUUCAGUCCCACGCCAUGUCAGCUGGCUGGUGGAUGAGUCUGAUGUGAGAUUGUCUGGGCGGGCCCUGCAUUUACUGAAGGAGGAGAAUGCCACUUGUUUGGGUGUUCCGCUAACAACGAAAGAUUCAGCCCAGGUGUUCUCCAGCAGUCUGCUGUCCACCCCUGAAGAAGGGAAGCUGGUGUUUUUCUCUGAGGGUUUACUGUUUGUUCAUCCUCGCUAUGGCUCCAUCACUAUCUCCAAGAACCACAUCAGCACCAUCAAACUCUAUGAUGGGGACUCCCUGUCUGUUGCAGCAGUGCUGUUCAUAGAGUACGAGAGCUUUCUGCUGCCACAUCUUCCCUUCCCUCUACACAGCACUGAUCGCUGCUUAGCUGUCGCUCUCAUGCCCAAAAGCAAGGGCUACAAAGGAUUCUACUCCCAGGUCCUGCAGGUUUGGAGUAAGCCUGAAUCUGGGCUCCGGGUGCAGCAUGUGAGUGACAUCCAGCUGAGCCUGGAGCAAAAGAGCAUGCACUCCCGAUUGCAGAGGCUCCAUGAGAUCCAUGAUUCUACCAGAGCAAAUCCCAGAGAACCUCUGACCUCCGCUUAUCCAGGCCUGCCAGACAUGGACAGGUUCCUGAAGCAUUUUGCUGUCAGCAGUAGCGUUUAUGGGGAGUCUGUCUGCAGCAACCACCUAGCAGCUCUUUUCCCAAACACACCCCCCAAAUCUUCUCCUCCUGAACCACAGCAGCAGGUGAUCCUUUACAUCAUUGCAGGCUUACCUGGCAGCUAUAAAGAGAGUCUGUGUGAUUUCUUGGUGGAGGUGAAUCAGGAGUGUGGCAAAUGGGAGGUGUACCACCCUGCCCAGGAAUCAGAAGAUCUGUGUGUAGCACAUCUUCAGCAGUUCUUGAGCAGCCUUGUGGCCAGACAGAAUAAGCCACAUCUAAUCCCAACAAGAGUGUUAAUACUCACACCGGGGUACACUGAUGUUCUGGAUGUAGUCCAAGCUGUUGUGUCUCAUCCAGACCCACGGGUUCAGAGCAAAAUGUUUGUAGGUGCUGUUACAGCCUGUGUGAACCCCCUAACCUCCUUUCUGGAACACAGGCUUCUCUUCCCCAAACUCCUGGAGCAGUGCAGUCAGGGUGCAGUGAACAAUGUGGUAUUUACGGGGCUCACCGCAGAGCAGAAGCACCCUCUGCUUAAACACGUGCAGCAGCUGAUCCGCUCAACCAACCCCAGCGCAGCGUUCAUCCUAGCUGAGAAAGGCGCCGUGAUCAGAGCUGAAGAUAUGCGUCUGAUUCUGAGUGACAGCAGCUUCUCCCAGCAUCAGAUGAUCCGAGCCCGAUACCUGCUGUAUCCCGGCUGGUGGGAGGGCAGGUUUGUUUCGGGCUGUGGAUCAGUUUCCAUGUCUCAACACUGUGUGCAAUUCAGCCGUCCAUUAGAGAGAAUCUUAUUCCUGCAACGCUGCAAAGCACUGAAGAGUUCUCUCAGAGGCAGCCCCUUCACAGGAAACAUCUAUCACAUCAGGGGCAAAGUGCUCUUCUCUGACAGUGACAGGUUGAUGGAUGUGAGCUAUGAUUCUGUCAGUGGGAGUGUGACUGUAUCCCCUAAUCAGGGCUUCCCCCCUUGUCCUGCAACUACACACACAUGUUACCUGGUCAUUUGUGGGGUGGGGCUCACCCAGGAAGCGCUGAAGGACUGGCUCAGGCAAUGCGCUAAACAGAAAGCGACAAAGAAAGUUAGGAAGACCAAGAAGACUCUUUCACCACAAGAAAUAAAAAAUAUCCAUGUAUCACGUUAUCUGGAACCACUCCCUGCUGGUUACUUCUAUAAUGGCCAUCAGUAUGUGAGUUUCUUUGGAGAAAAGCAGUAUUUCCACCCUCUGAUGGACCAGUUCAUAGAGGAGUAUCUUCAGGAAGCCAAUGAAGAGAUUGAGUGUUUUAACAGAGAAGUGGAACUGCACAUCAAUGCUGAUCUCUUUGACUAGAGCAUUCCUUCUGACCAGGUCGCAGGGUGUGGGGUGCGGGUGGGGGGUCAUUUCUAGACCACUAACAUUUGCCCUUCAAUCAGUUGUUCACUUUAUUAUUCAAAUGAUGUCAAACAGUAAGACAAAUACCCUAAGACACUAAGUGAGAGAAGGGAUAGCCACUUCAUCCUCAAGUCGACGAAAACCACUGCAGUCUCAGUCAUGACAGAUGAGAGAUCUUCACCCAGGUCACUACCACUCUCCUGAGAGACACUGGCUUUGUAGCUUUGUAAAAGUCAUAUAUGUGUUCCUAUGUUUAAAGAGGUGUUAAUAAAGGCUAUAAGCUGCAUUGAUUUAACCUUGGCCUAGUUUCCCAAAGGCAGCAUGCAGUGAACAUUGUCUUAAACAGCAUGUGAUUCCUUUUGGAAAUCAUGCCACGAUCCAUAACCAUAUGGAAUUCUUCACAUUUAUCAUUGCCUAAUACCUCUGCAUGUUCCUGACUUUUGCAGGGACAAAAAUCACAACCUGAAAGACAGAAUUUAAUCUUGUUAUAGAUCUCAAGGUAAAUUAUAAUAAAUAGAGAGCUAAUAUACAUGGAAGGAGCUUCUGUAGCACUUUGUAUUGCCUUUACACCUUCUAAUGAGAUGAAAGUGGUUUGUCUUUCGGUUACAAUUCCAAUAUUGCAUUCACAAAUAGUGCUAGGAUCACAGCUAAAUGCUAAUAGAGUUAUAAUACAGUCAGCAGGGCCAAACCUGAUCUAACAGGGGGAGGCUCUGAAGCCCACAUCCAGGGAAGUGCAGAUGGGAAAACAGAUGUGAUGGUUCAUCAGUCUGCACUCCAGCUGUGAGGCUAAGGUGAUCAUCUCUCAUCUACUACAGCACUGAUGUGUCCAGUGGCUUCCAGCCACUCUGAAGUGGUCAUUAAAGCAAGCAUUGCAAACAUAAGCACAGAAAUCAUUCCACAUAGGGUGGGAAAUGGAGGGCUUAGGAUUUCAGGCAAUGGUCACAAAUCUGGGUUUUCAGAUGGGUGUUACUGCUCACAUUAAAUUUGUGGUUGUAGGGGUUAUGUGUAGCAGUAGUGUCUGGUUGUCCAUCAGCUUGCAGAAACUUGUGUUAAAUACCUUCUCAACAAAGUCAGAGGCUGAUCUGUGUUAGCUGAGUCUUUGGUGAGGGUCAUGUAAUAACAUUGUCUAGCGGAAGUGGGGUUAUUGUGUGAUCCUCAGAGCCUGUAGGAGGGCAGUUAUUUUGUCAUGCUGUUUGCAGGCAGAUUUACCUCUUUACUUGGAAUCUGUUCUCUAUGCAUGUGUCUCUAACUAAGUACUCACAGCAGGGGGGCAGCCGUGUCACUGUCUUACAGUUUCCGUUCUGACCUUGCAACUGUAAGAUGAACAUUAAGAAACUAAAAGUGCGAUGCUAAUGAAGUGUUUCUGACAUGAAAAGGGGGAAAGAUGUGCUUCCAAAGAAACUGAGACACAGCUGCCCUUCUCUGUAUUGCAAGUAUAAAGAGUGCAGUAGUAGAAUGCUAUAUACGUAUUAGCACACUGUAUGAGACAGCAUCUCUCACCAAGCCAUAUGCAGUAUAAGAGUGUGUCACAGUUGCUGUGGUCAUUGAUAUGCUAGAGAGCAGUGUUACUCUCACUGUCGACACUUGUCACUGUUGCUAUGGAGAUGCACAAUAUGGUAAACUGGCAGCCAUCGUCAUGGAGACCCAUCACUUUGUAUCUUGUUAGUAAGCAAAUGCAGUUUGUCCCAAGAUAGCACAGGACCUGUUAUGGUGAACUCUGAAAGGACAAUGUACUGUGAGUAUGUGUGUCCACUCUAAACUAAAAAGCAAAGCCAGCCAAGCUUACAUCAUUGACUGACAGUUCCCUAAUGCUGAGCAGUUGUUCCCAGUGGAGUUACGCAAUCUCUGCCGUACCAUGAACACACAUUAUCAGAGUGGUAUCAUUACCAGAGCCAGGCUCAACAGAGCAGCUGUCCUUAAAGGGUGUAGGGCUAGCUAACACUUAUAUAAUCUGUAGUUCAAAGUAGCGGUAAUUUUUAGCACAUACAGUCUGCAUGUGUUAAGAUGUCUUUCUAAGGUCUAUUUAUACGAACAGAAAUGCCUUUCACCAAGCUGGUACUACAAAGAAAAAAACUAUUUUACAUAUCUGAAGAAAACCGAAUUACCUUGAGAAGAAAAUUGUAUUUUUGUAAGGUGAAGAAUUUUAAGAUGAAAGAAACAAAUUAAAAAAAAAAUCAGAUUAAAUAAGGGGUCAAGUCGCACUCCUGUAUGAAGAGCAAAAAUUGUGUAGUAGGCUUCAGGGGCCAGUGCCACUGUAGUACCUUGGCCGAGAGGAACAGGUGCAUUGCCGGGCAGAACCGAGCGCCAGUGUUGGUGAAAGGAUAAGCAGAGUGUUUGUCUUAUAUGUGAAGGGCUGGGGUGCAUGCUGGUUGGCAGGAGGGCACUGGAGGGCAGCUGAUCAAAACUAGACAAAAUUGUUUUUCUGUUAAAGACCCAUAUUCAAGUUUUUACCUAACAGUUGUGUGGAUACAUACAGAUUUGGCAGAGGGUACUUCCUUAUUAUCUUUUUUGAAGGGAGGACCCCAUUGAGGCCCUCCAGACUUUCCCCCCCCACUGCCUGCUGGAUGCUCCCCUGGCCAUUGUCCCUGUGCAGCUGAGGUUAGAGGACUAAAACAGAGUUUGGUGUCCAAGUGUCCAAGGGAAAGAUUUUUCCUAUUAUAUGGAAAAUAAUCUUAGAUUUGAGGUUGCAUGUUUGGAUAAAAGGGGAUAUCAUUUUAUUUUUAAGCUAAAGAUUGGCAUUAGUGUUCCAAAAUUGCCAUUCUUAUAAAUGAAGCACUUUUUACUUUUUUUAAAUUUAAUUUUAUUUUUUACUUUUUUUGAGGGUGGGGGGUUGAAAUUGACCUCACCUUGGCCUCUAGUGGAACAUUAAUAAUAUGCAGCAAAAUGUGAAAUUUGCUGUAGAUACUGAAGACUUGUUCGUAACCAAACUGUUUAAUCCCCAUCUGUUUAGGGGCUCCUUAAAGUCUAUUGCUCAUUGCUGAAGUCUGAAAAGUCUAGCAGAGACUGCAGAAGAGCAGAUUUUACUGUACCAGCAUGGAGCUGUUUUGGGUUAAAACAUCCAUUACAGAUGACAUAAAUCUUGAUCUGAUCAGUUUACUGCAGGUGUUCAGAGGGGCCCCAUUAGGAAAACAGAAUCUAAAGGGCUAAAAUAUUUUAAUUGCUGCUGAAGAUGUUUGGUAGGGAACAAGACUGAUGUAAUUAAUUUUAAGUGCAAAAAUAGAAAUGGCCACUUUGCUAUUGUUUGCACAGAGCCGAACACCUAUGCCAUCCUGACUUUGGACAUGGUGGGACAUCACAGAUACUAGGGAAAGUAGGGUAAUAUAAGUAAUGAAUUUCCAAGAAGACUUUACCUCAUUAUCAGAAUACCCAAAGUUUGGAGUUCAUAGUAUUUUUUAAAACUUAAAAUGAUUCCAGACAGUUCUACUUCAAAAGUGCCAAAAAUUGUUUUGUAAGGGGUCCACUAAAGUAUAUGAAAAUUGAUAUAAUUGAGUUGUAUUUGCAUAAAACUACUGUAACUCUUGUUUUCUCCUGUGACUGAUGCUUUUUUCUAAUCUAUAUGUUGUAUUUAUGAGACUGAAUAAUCCAUUAAACUAUUUAUAAGUGUUUAA